AAACGUGAGCUUGCAUUGUCUGGAGAUAGUAAAGCAAGAGUAUAUUCAAACAGUCGUAUCUGGCAAAUGUUGACCGAUGUAGAACGUGAACAGCUAAGAAAAGAACGUCACAAGAUAAGCACAUACAAAACUUCGUUGUGUAGAGUAUUUCGAAAAACUGGGCAAUGUGGAUAUGGAGAAGCAUGUAUUUUUGCACAUGGUGAAGAAGAACUUCGUCUUCCACCUACGGAUCAUCCAAAGUAUAAAACUCAAUUGUGCAAUAAGUUUAUCAAGUGGAAUUACUGCCCCUAUGGUGAUCGUUGCCAGUUCAUCCAUAAACGUUACAAUGAAAAUAUGAGAUUCACUGGCGUGAUGAAAAUGGGCGAUUCAAAAAGUGUCAGAAAUAAUAUUUCACAUAUUGAAAGCUUUAGUGUGGAACAUAUGAAUACAAGAUCUAUGAGCUCACCAGUUGCUCUCGGGAGAAAUUUAUUGCUUGCAGAACAGAGUGGCUUUUGUCAUUCUGUUGCAGGCCCUGUUUUUAAUCAAACAGGAAAUACGGAGCAUUUUAUAGAGACGACUAAUAACAAAAAUACGGGAAAUAUUGUCUACAGAGAUCAGCCACUUGAAGCGACUGGUCCGGUUAUGAGUAAUAGUAUUUUAAACCAAGUCAAUUCGGUUGAUAAUGACAAUUUCCUCGAGUGGCUUGAUGAACAACUCAAGAAAAUGUUAGUCUCUGCUUCUGAAGGAAUUUUCGAAACAUAG